UAUAUGAACUCGAGUCGAGCGGCAGCUCUCAACCUUGGCCGUUGUGUAUUUAUUUCGAAUAACCCGUGUAUAAAAUUACGAUUUUUCUUUUAUUUUUAGAAACAGGCGUACGGCGGCAGUGUUCGGGGAUUAUUUUUAAAAUUAUAACUUCCGCCGUUGCUUCCAGGAUAGGUGCGGCAACGAUGCUGCGGUUUCUCUUUUUUCUCUUUUUUUAAAUGGCACAAGAUUUAUUAUUAUAAAAGCGGCGCAGCGUAGCGCGACGCUUUAGACUCGAUUCUUGGGUAAACCGUCAAUAAAAACAGGGAAAAGUGGCCGCCGCCUCUGGCCACUGGACCAGGAAAUGACUGGACUACUUCUGUCACUUCUGGCUCCACUGACUGUCACUGUGAACUGUGAUUUGUGCCGCUUGUAUAGUUUUCUUUUCAGUGAAUAAUAAUAGAAAAACUUCUUGUUUAUAGCAGGAAUCUAUUUAACAUAACCUCAUGUUUACGGGCGAACCGAUAUUACUAACAGAAACAAGAUGUUUCAGUGUAUAAUACAACAAAAGAACGGCUGGAUUCACUCUUAUAAUACCGAAAACAAGGAUGUGUUUCCAGAUAUAAGGCUUCAGUUAAAUGAACAAUUAAGAUGUCUGGAUGUACGAAUGGAAGCUCAAGUAGCUCUUCUGACAGAGUUACAGGACUUUUUCCGAAGACGUGGAGAACUCGAAUUAGAUUAUUCAAAAAAUUUGGACAAACUUGCUAAGAGCUUACAACUUAGGCAUAAAGAACAGAAACAAAAACGGGAGCAGUGGCCAUUAUUCUCAAGUUAUGCAUGUUGGCAACAAUUGGUUACUCAAACAAAAAACUUAAGCAGAGACCAUGUAGCACUCUCGGAGGUUUACUCGACUCAUUUAGUUUCGCGGUUAGGACAGGUUAUGGAUGAUGUACAACGAAUAUACAAACGGUGUCGUGAAAUUGGUUAUGAAACACACGAAGAGAUUUUGAGAGUUCUACAUGAGCUGCAUACUACUAUGAAGACGUACCAUAGCUAUCAGUCAGAAUUGAGACAGACAGAGACGAAACUUAGAGCCGCUGAGGUUCAGCGGACCAAACUUGAAGGCACACUUUCUCAUGAUAAGCUUGAAAGGUCUAAAAAAUACAAACUUAUGGAGAAAGAAGUUUCUAAGAGGAGAAGUAAGUACACAGAUGCUAAAAUUAAAGCCCUAAAGGCUAGGAACGAAUAUAUAUUAUGCUUAGAGGCCUCCAAUACCACUAUCCACAAGUAUUUUGUUGAUGACUUAUCGGAUCUUAUUGACUGUAUGGAUUUCGGAUUUCAUAAUUGUAUUUCCCGAGCACUACUGAUGCACGUAACUGCCGAAGAGGGUCGACAAAAGUCUGUACAAAGUGGACUGGACUCGCUAUCUUCCUGUAUAAAUUCACUGGACUCACGAUUGGACAAACAGCGUUUCCUCGAAUAUAACCACAGCGCUUUUAUGAUACCUAAAAAGCUUGAGUUUCAGGGCCAGAAAACUGAAGAGCCAGCCGAACCCGACAUACAGGGAGAGCUUCAUAGAGAAAUGGAGAGUAGAUUAAGUCAGCUACAGCAGAGAGUGACAUCGUUAAGGGCUGAAUCCGAAGAGGUGUGGAAGACAUUAGAGACCGCCGAGACUAGUCUAAUGGAAAUGCUAAAUGCGAAAGAUUAUGACUGCAGUGGAUAUUUUGGAGAAAAUGCUCAGUUACCUUUAAAUAAGCCGCCUGAAGCGCUGUCGAUAAAAGCCAGGGCCGAUAAGCAGGAAACCGAGGAGUUUUAUUUAACGAAAUUUCGGGAAUAUUUGUUGGGCUCGUCGAAAAUUGCUCGGUUGGACGCAAAACAAGAGUACCUAAGGCAAUCCCUUGUAACUGACGCACCCGAGUUAUGUCAGUCAAUAAUUAGUUGCAGCAGCCGACCAGUCACUCAGAUUAAAACACCAAAGCGAAAGCGAAUUGGCCGAUUGCAGCUCAGUGGUCAGCCGAAAUUAUUUGGUGGUUCAUUGGAGGAAUAUCAAGAGGCUACCAAUCAAGAUAUUCCGCUUAUUUUACGCUCUUGCAUUAGAGUUAUUAAUUUGUACGGGUUACACCAUCAAGGAAUCUUCAGAGUAUCCGGAUCUCAAGUGGAAAUUAAUAAUUUUCGAGAGUGGUUCGAACGAGGGGAAGAUCCAUUGGCAGACAUGACGGACGCCUCUGACAUUAACAGCGUCGCGGGUGUGUUUAAAUUGUAUCUCAGGGAGCUUCGGGAGCCCCUGUUUCCCAUCAUAUAUUUUGAACAGAUCAUGGAGUUGGCACAAUUGGAAAACAAACGGGAAUUCAUAAGCAAGAUGAGAGAGGUAGUGAAAAGUUUACCCAGACCGGUGAUGAUAGUAUUGAGAUACCUCUUUGCAUUUUUAAACCAUUUAUCCGAAUUCGCUGAUGAAAAUAUGAUGGACCCAUACAACUUGGCCAUUUGUUUCGGGCCCACUUUGGUGCCAGUACCGGACGAUAAAGACCAAGUGCAAUAUCAAAACCAAGUGAACGAGCUUAUUAAGAACAUCAUCAUUUUCCAUGACGAGAUCUUUCCCAAUGACGACGGGCCAGUUUACGAGAAAUAUAUAUCCACAAAUACUCAAGACGAUCAGGACGUUGGUGACUCCCCAUCUGAUCAAACUCAAGACGAUAUUGACUCUGAGGUUUGUCCCUCUGAAGAUGAUUCUGAAAAUUUAGAGGCGACAGCACAAUUCGAUUUUAUUGCAAGAUCAAACAGAGAAUUGUCCCUAAAGAGGGGUGAAACCGUGGUACUUUAUUCACAAGUCUCAAACGAUUGGUGGCGAGGAGCAGUUAAUGGCCAAGAAGGCCUUGUUCCUGACAAAUAUAUCUCUUUAAAAAUUAGAGAUGAAAGCGAACGUGAUGUAAAAGUCCUCACCGGAAGCUCAUCUGAAGAAUCGAUUAGGCGACGUCUCAGACGAGCGUCAGUCAGCUCAAACGAUUUAAAUCGAGAAACGCACUUGAAUCGUUCGGUUGUUGAACAUUCCGAACCUGCCGCUGCGCUUUCUUGGACCAGCUCAGAGCACAUAUCAAAUAGCACAAACGCAAGCGGUGACUUAAGUCAGAAUAUACGACUUCAGAAGACCUUAAGAGACAUUUCGAAAGUAAGUGAACCUGACAAUGGUACUGAAAAGGAAAAAGCCGAAAUAGACGAGUCCAAUGUAAAUUUUAACGAAAAUAGAGACUUAUGGCAGCGGAGAGCGAAUAGUGAGGCAGCAGCAGCAGCCGCCUCCUCGCACCACCCUCAAAGACAUUCUGCUGAAGUACAUAGACAAAGUCAUACGCCCGACCUCGUCAUGGAUUUACCGUUGUCUAGUUCCAUCUCCGUUUUUUCGAAUUUAUGUUUCCCGGAGGAAGCCAAGAGUAAUACGUCCCAAGAUGUCGAAAGUCCAGAAAUGACUACUGCAGCUGAGACUUUUGCUAAGCAAAAUCAAAAUACUUUAAAAAAGAAUACAAAAAUUAUGCUCGAAGAUGGGGAAUUUAUGACUAUAACAAGCCCAGCGGUCAGCAGAAAAUAUGCUACAUUAGGGAGUAGCACCGCAACUACUGCUGCUGCAACAUUAAAUUCAACGUCCACUUUUAAACCUCAACCUCCUCCUCCUCCAAUUGCUCCUAAAGAAAAACCUUUGGUAUUAAAAAAACCAGCUCAAUUUUCAGUUCCUUUAAGAACAUCUGCCUCUAUUGAAAUGGUAUACAAAAAUGAACUUCCUUCUUAGUCACUUAACUAAUUACAUAUUCCAGAGAGUUUUCUAUUAAAUUUUUGUAAUUGGAAAACAUUAGUGGAGAAUUUUUUUAAUAAUAUGUUUGUUCACUAAAUGAUGGCCUGAAUUAGCGGCAUUGAGGCUCAAACGUCGUAAAAAUUUGUAUUUUUUGUAAUUUAUUUGACCUAUACAACAAAUGAUAAGACUGGAGUAGUAAUGUCGACUGUCUUUAUAUUGGAUUGACACGAGCUUAGAUUCUUUACAAAACGUACAUUAUAUUUUAUAUAACUGUAAACAUCUGAUAACCCCUUAUACCCUUGUACAUAUCUUGGUAUAUUAGUGGCAAUCCGAUGUAAAAACAACCCAAUUAAAGUACACGUUUGUAUAUUUGUUUAACUCUGAGUAUAUAUUAAGUAUUAAUUUAAGUAGAUCUGAGUAUUUUUUACCUAAAUAUUACAAGUCCAUAACUCGUAACUAUUGAUGUUUAACAUGUAUUUAUUUCUGUUAAGAAUGCAUCACAUAUGGUUUCUGCAUGUACUAAACGUAUUUAGUAUAUGUCCUCGGGGCAUAGCGCAUAUUAUCUGUUUAUCUUAACUAUACAAUUUUAACUUUUUUUAUUUUAUAUACCGACGCGGAUAUUAACGAGAUUUAUAUAAUCAAUAAAGCUAAUAUUACUUUUA